UACCUUCUCUCUCAAAACGCCAUUCAUAAUUAGAAACGAUAGAUGGCGUGCUGCUCGUAUGUAAAGCACGACGGGAAGACACGUUUCUUGGAGGUGUUUGUAAGGGAAAGAUUAGGAUUUGUUUAAAUUUUUUGAAAAAAUGAUGACUACAAUGAUUGGACGUCGUUCUGUGCUUUCGUGUUAUAAAUACGGAUCAUCCGCAAACGUACAAAAGACUUUAUUUUUGCGGACUAAACGACGCUUAUCAGACUUGAAAUUGAAAAGGACUACUACUGUAAACGAUUUACUAGUCCCAUCUGGACCUUGGAAGGAAGGAUAUUCUCAAUUACAGAAAAAAUUUAAUCGUCAUUUUAUUGCAGGAAUUGCCUUUUUUGCGGGAACAGUGGCCUAUGCAUAUUCUUACGGAUUUUUAGAAUUCCACCUCACGCCCCCUCUAAAAGAUGCAUUUCCAGAUUUAGCUGCAACGAGUGAAGAUAAAGAGAAAUCGUCGACGUCUAAAGAAGGCCCGUUGCAAGCCGUGCCAGCAAAAGCCGGAUCAACGCCCGCUAGCGUUCCGUACUUGCUCAUCGGCGCCGGCACUGCUACCUUUGCUGCCUUCAGGGCUAUAAGAGCUAAAGAUCCGAAAGCAAAAAUAUUAGUUAUUGGUGAAGAAAAUUAUUAUCCUUAUAUGCGUCCGCCGCUGUCAAAAGAGCUGUGGUUCACCGAAGAACGUGAUAAGGCUAAAAAGCUAAUCUUUAAACAGUGGAAUGGAAAAGAAAGAAGCAUUUAUUAUGAACAUGAAGACUUUUAUUGUCCAUCUGAUGAAUUAUUAACAAGAGAAAAUGGUGGAGUAGCAGUUGUUACAGGUGUUAAAGUAACAAAAAUAGAUCCAGAUAAUCAUAGGGUUUAUUUAGAUAAUGGAGACGAAGUUACAUAUGAAAAAUGUCUUAUAGCAACGGGAGGAAAGCCAAAAAAUCUUUCUGUGUUUGAAAAUGCAGCAGAAAACAUAAAAUCAAAAGUUUCGUUAUUUAGAGAUGUUUGUGACUUUCAUGCAUUAGAGGAAAUAGUAAAUAAGGUGAAAUCAAUUACAAUUGUUGGUGGUGGUUUUCUUGGAAGUGAAUUAGCGUGUGCACUUGGUAAAAAAAGUGCACUCAAGAAAAAUUUAACAGUAAACCAGGUGUUCCCAGAAACAGGAAAUAUGGGAAAAGUGCUACCAGAAUAUCUGAGUCAGUGGACAACAGAAAAAAUUCGUGCAGAGGGAGUAAAUGUUAUUCCUAAAAGUUCAAUUCAGAAAGUAUCUUCUGAAGGUAAUUCUGUUGUUUUAGGUUUAAAUAAUGGAGAAAAAAUUGUUACAGAUCAUGUUGUUGUUGCUGUUGGUAUUGAACCUAAUGUUGAAUUAGCUAAAACAUCAGAUUUAGAAAUAGAUGAUAAACAUGGUGGGUUUAGAGUGAAUACUGAAUUAGAAGCAAGAAAUAAUUUGUGGGUAGCAGGAGAUGCGAGUUGCUUUUAUGAUACUAAAUUGGGAAGACGUCGAGUAGAACAUCAUGAUCAUGCUGUUGUGAGUGGAAGAUUAGCAGGAGAAAAUAUGACGGGUGCAGGAAAACGUUAUUGGCAUCAGUCCAUGUUUUGGUCGGAUUUAGGACCAGAUGUAGGUUAUGAAGCCAUAGGAAUUGUAGACUCUUCUUUACCAACAGUAGGUGUGUUUGCUAAAGCAACUGAAAAAGAUACUCCUAAAGCUGUAGUGGAGGGAACUGGUGAAGGACUUCGAUCAGAGACUGAAAAACAUGCUAUUCCACCAAAUCCAGCAACAGACAGUCAAAUACCAAGACCUCCAGAAGCAGGAGAUGAUUAUGGAAAAGGUGUCAUAUUCUAUCUAAGAGAUAACAUAGUAGUUGGAAUCAUUUUAUGGAAUGUUUUUAAUCGUAUGCCUAUUGCAAGGAAGGUAAUUAAUGAAGGAAAAGCAUUUGAAGAUCUUAGUGAACUUGCUAAACUGUUCAAUAUACAUUCAGAAGAGUAAAUAUUGCAACUGGUGUAAGUAUAGUAUAUAUAAAAACAAUAUAAUGACAUCAGAAUUUCUUACUUCUGUAUAUUAGAAUUUCUAUAAGGCAAAAAAAAAAAAUUGGCUAUGGUUAUAUAUUUCAGUAUUAAUACAUAUGCACUUUGAAGCUUUAAUCAUUCAAAUAUUUAGUUUUCAUAAUGAAAGUUUCAAAAAACUUUUUUAAAUACAUUGUUAGAUAAAUUUGUUAAAUUUUUUAAACAGUAAUUUAAUAAAUACUAAUUGAAUACUUUGGUUAAUCCAGUUUAAUUUUAUUGUAAAAGUUUAUACAAAAUUUAUUUGGAAAUGAAUA